AUGCGUUUCCACGGAGCUGCCACCGCUCUGUUGAGCAUGACCGUGUUUGUCUGUGCAGCACCCACUGGAACCACAGAGGUCCAGACCCAACUGCCGGAUGGGCUACCCAACCCCAGCCAAGAGCAGCUGGCUGAGAUCGAGCAGAAUGCGCGUGGGACCCUGCCAAACACUCCCCCGCCACCUUUUAUCAGCCAAGAGGGCGUCACAAACUUGAAGCUGAUCGCGUUCAACGAGCUGUUCGAGGUCGCCUACUUCAACGAGCUGCUCCUGAACAUCACCACCAACGUCACUGGGUAUACCAUCUCCGACGAAAAUGACCGCGACUUUGUUAUCGAGGCAUUCACGGCUAUCCUGGCGCAAGAGGAGCUUCAUGCGCUCAGCGCGAACGGCGGCUUGAGCCACUUCGGCGUCGACCCGAUUCAGCCGUGCCAGUACCAGUUCCCCGUCGAGGACUUUAAGUCUGCCGUUGUUCUAGCUUCCACCUUCACGGACGUGGUUCUCGGCACGCUGCAAGACGUCGUGGAGAGGUUCGCCAUUGGUCAAGACUUCGACCUUGCGCGGCAGAUAUCCUCAAUUAUCGGGCAGGAGGGCGAGCAGCAGGGCUGGUAUCGUGUUAUACAGGGCAAAAUUCCGAGCGAGCUUCCAUUCCUGACAACCAGUGAUCUGAGCUUUGCGUUCACUGCCAUCCAAAGCUUUGUCGUCCCGGGCAGCUGCCCCAACAUCCAGGAAAUCCCACUAACGACAUUCGAGCCCUUGACCAUUGCCACUCCUCCUGGUCCCGAGACGCAGAAUAUCACCGUUUUUUUCAAAGAUACUGACUUCAACGAUCGAAAUGAACUGUGGAUCACCUAUAUCAACCAACAGAAUCUCCCGAUCGUCGAACCUCUGAAGAUCCUCUCUCAGGAGCAUGGCAACGUAGCUGCAGAGGCAAGUUUCCCUUAUACCGAGCACGAGAUGAACGGUUUUACCAUUGCGGCUAUUACAAAGAGCAGCGGACCUUUCGGCAACGCAUACGCGGUGGCCGCGCACACGAUCGCUGGACCUGGUUUCAUCACCAUCAACUGA